AUGUCGCAAAGAGAUACCGUAAUUCAUCUAGUUGCUGGCGGAACUGCUGGUACAGUGGGAGCUAUUGUAACAUGUCCACUGGAAGUUGUAAAAACAAGAUUGCAAUCAUCAACUUCAGGUUUUUAUUUAUUGCCACCAUCUCCACCGGCUUCGGCAUCUUCAUCAAAACUCUCUUCCUUGUCCUCCUCUGUAACAUCGUCUAAGAUUUCAGAAAACACAUCAAGAUUCACGCCGUACCACCAACACCAUCAACAGUACUAUCAUUAUCAUCAUCUUCAUCACAAUCAUCCUCAAAAAAAAUCACAGCAACAGCAGCACUAUCACCGUCAUCAUCGUUCAUGGUCCAACAAUAUUGCCCUUGGAUCACCUCCACAGCAAAAAAUAAAAAGAUUAAGUACUACAAGUGGCAGCAGGUAUUCUAGGUAUGCUAUUACAACUUUCCCAUCGAAUUUUUCUGGAGAAUUGUAUAAACAUUUUAUAAGAGUUCCUACAACCACUGGUGCGACGACACUCUCAGUGUCUUCAGCUCACUUAGCUAUUAUUAAUGGCCAUAAAAAUCAUGAAACACCAUCACCAUCAAAACCCUACCGUCAUCACCACCAUCAUCUCCACCAUAAUCAUCUUCCUUCACCACCCUCUCAGCCUUCACCAGGUCUUAUACAUUGUUUGCGAUAUAUUGUUAAGUACGAGGGAGUUGGCGCACUAUUUAAAGGACUUGGACCAAACCUAGUGGGCGUCGCACCGUCACGUGCUAUAUAUUUUUGUACAUACUCCCAAAGUAAGAGUUUUUUUAACUCAAAUUUACCGACUGCUCCUGACAGUGCAAUGGUCCAUGUUUUUUCAGCAGCUUGUGCUGGUUUCGUAGCUUGCACGGCAACUAAUCCGAUUUGGUUCGUCAAAACUCGACUUCAGCUAGAUCAUAGUCACAAUGCAGAAAACCGUUCAUCGGCUAUCGAUUGUAUUAGAAAAAUAUACAGGCAAUCGGGUUAUCUUGGAUUUUACAAAGGUAUUGUCGCUUCUUAUGUAGGAAUAAGUGAAACCGUAAUUCACUUUGUAAUUUAUGAAGCUGUUAAGAGUUGGUUAAUAAAACGUCGUGUACGAGACUCAAUUAAAAAUAAUAAUUCUAAAGAAGAAAAUGCAUCAUCGAAAACUUCCCGUGAUUUUAUAGAGUUUAUGGCAGCUGGCGCUUUUUCCAAAACCGUUGCAUCAUGUAUAGCUUAUCCACAUGAAGUUAUAAGAACACGGCUUAGGGAAGAGGGUACUAAGUACAGAGGUUUUUGGCAAACGCUGAAUGUAGUAUACACUGAAGAGAGCAUUCGAGGACUUUAUCGUGGAUUGACUACUCAAUUAGUUCGUCAAAUUCCGAAUACGGCCAUUAUGAUGGCCACGUACGAGUGUGUGGUAUACGUACUAAAGAAGAAAUUUCAACCUUCGUCUGAAAAAUUCAACAGCGUUAAUAAUACGAGCGCUGCUAAUAAAAAUGCUGAAAACUUAUCGACUAAUACAACGACAUCUCCUAUGACUUCAACGUCUUCAUCCUCCUCGUCACAGCUACGGUAUUCUUCAAAAAAUAAACAAAAGGGUGAAUUAAUUUAA